UCUUUCCUCUACUAGUCAACCGCUGUACAAAGCUAAAACUUGUUGCUCCUUUUUACCAUAUUCUUGCAUAUCAUGAACACCGUCGCUCGCGACCGCAUCGGCGGCGACGGCGACGGUGACGGCGACGGCGGCGGCAUAAUCAUGAGAAGGAGGAGGGUGGAGGGGGCCGGCGCCGACGACGACAACGCGCCGUCGCCGGCGAUGCGGUACGCGAACCGGGUGUUCGCGGCGCUCUCCUUGGCCUCCCUCUACAUCCUCCUCAACCGCCGCCGCCGCCGCCGCGUCGACGACGACGAGCGGUUCUUCACCCCCGCCGCCGCCGCUGCCGCCGCCUCCCUCGCCGUCUCCUUGCUCUGGCUCUAUCUUCUCCCCCCCCUCCUCCUCCAACUCGGCUUCACUCGCCGCCGAGAUCGCCAUUGAGUUGAAUCUUAUACAAUUUGGAUCGGAUCUGAUCUUUAAAUUUCAGACGCAGGAGCUGCUCGACGAAAUGCCGCAGAGAAUCGCUUGCAACAAACAUUCGGGUUCUUUCUCUUCCAUUUUCUCUCUUUACUAUAACUGCUAAAUUAAGUUCAUUUAUAGGUAUCGUGACACUUGUAUUGGGAGAAAAUAUAUAUCAUUUUGCAAGCGCAUGUCAAAAUUGAAUAACAUAUCAAAACUGUUUACUCAA